AUGCCAGGGACAUCAACGGCUACGCACCCGCUUACGGUGCAAGAGCAAAAACAGGGACGGCAGCUCGUGUUCGAUGACUACGAUGCCACCACUGCCCCACGUGCCAUUCCCUUGCAAGCAGCAAAGGUACCAUCCUCGCGCUUCGCCCGAGCUCUUCACUACGGUGGGCUAGGCGUGGGUCUCGCGUGGGGAGCUGCUGGCUCGUACCUCACCGGCAACAGCUCGCGCUCCACUCAGGGCGGUGGCAGUGGCAGUGAUGGAACUCGACAAGGUUCGCCAAUUCUUGGGGAAGCCAAUCUCCGCAGGCUGGUAGACAAGCUGAGCACGAUGCGUGGCGCGGCUUUGAAGCUAGGGCAAUUCCUCAGCAUACAAGACAGCAACAUGUUGCCUCCUCAACUGGAGGAAGUGCUGAUGCGAGUGCAGAAUAGCGCUCACUACAUGCCGCAAUGGCAGCUCGAGCGCGUCAUGACGGCCGAGCUGGGCGCAUCGUGGCGCUCACAAUUCGACAAGUUCGACGAUGUGCCAUUCGCAUCGGCUUCCAUCGGCCAGGUGCACGCUGCUGUGGUCGCCACGGAUCACACCUCUCCCCUGGCUGGUCAGCGCGUUGCUGUCAAGGUGCAAUUUCCCGGCGUGCGCGCCUCGAUCGCGUCAGAUCUAGGAAACCUUCGAUGGCUUCUCGCAGUGUCUGCCGUCUUGCCCAAAGGUCUGUUCCUCGACAACACCAUCCGCGUCAUGAAGCGCGAGCUGGACGACGAGUGCGAUUACGCGCGAGAAGCCGACAUGAUGCGUCGCUUUCGGUCCUUUAUCGAGCACAGCGACGUCUUUGCAGUGCCUCGCGUGGUCGACGAAUUGAGCACGGGUCAGGUGUUGACUACGGAAAUGAUGCGUGGGCGUCCUUUGACACAGGCUGGCAGGUACACUCAGGAAAAGCGUAAUCAGAUCGCGAGGUCAAUUCUAGAGCUUUCGCUGAGGGAGCUGUUCGAGUAUCGACUGAUGCAGACAGAUCCGAAUUGGACAAAUUUCUUGUUCAACGAAGCGACCAACAAGAUCGAGCUCAUCGACUUUGGUGCCGCACGAGCUUACGAAAAGGAGUUCAUUGAUGACUGGCUGUGCAUGCUUCGCGCUGCGAUCGGCGGUCAACGACAGGCCUGUAUUGAAUGGAGCGAAAAGGUUGGAUACUUGACGGGACAAGAGUCUGAAGCCAUGCGUAAUGCCCACGUCGACUCUAUGAUUGCAUUGGGCGAGCCGUUCCGGCAAGACGCCCCCGACCCUUACCCUUUUGCAGAGCAGACCAUCACUGCUCGUGUCCGAGCGCAGAUACCUUUGAUGCUCCGCGAACGCCUGACGCCGCCGCCGGAGCAGACCUACUCACUCAAUCGCAAGUUGAGCGGUGCUUUCUUACUUUGCGCCCGGCUGGGCGCCCAGGUCAGCUGUAGCAACAUGUUCGAGGAAGUGACGAGGGACUACAUGUUGGGAUCUGCUAGCUCCACGCCUCUGCCUUCCGACACCGCUCGACGUAAUGGCAAUGUGGGCGGUGAUCAAGGGCAAAGACUUGACCUGGCUGGACGAAGGGCAUUUCAUAGCUCUGCCGCCCGCCAUUCCCCUCCCGAGUCUCGUCGCGUCAAUCUAAAUGAUCGAUGGCCAAGGCAUGUCAUCGCCGCCAUACCCAAUGCUCCCGAUGCGGAGGAUCCAGCCUCAAAAACGGCUCAAGUUGCGUCUCUCGCGCCGUCCGGCGGGACAGCAGCCCCGUCUCUACGGUCUACUGCGGACGACCCCGGGAGCCACAAUCCCAUCCUGCUGUCUGCUACAGUGCCAGCGCAGAAGAGCAGCCCUGCCGACAGCCCGACGACAGCAGCGAGUUCGGAGCCUGCCGCACCGAUUCUUGUGCGCGGCAUCAGUAUACCCCCGAAGCCCGAGGCCCCUGGCUCUGAAGACUGCUGUAUGUCAGGUUGUGUGCAUUGCGUAUACGACAUGUACGCCGACGACCUUGAAGCUUUUCACGAGGCCCGAAAUCAGCUAUUAUCGCUGACGCCGCCUCUGACCGACGAUGAGUGGCCAAGUCACCUGUUGGGGCCUCGACCUGAAACGGCACCCAACUUCAACGGGGCCAAGGAGCAAGCUCAGGCGGAGGCGGACGCUCAUGAGAGUUCUCUGGAUCCAUCUAUGCAAGCGUUCCUGGCCAUGGAGCGGGGCAUCAAAGCCAAGCGGGCAAAUUCGCCGUCGUAG